AUAAUGAGAAGCAAAUGCCCCAUUGCACAAUUAAAAGCGAAUUGCAAGUGAAUUUUAGGUCAAAAAGUGCCGGCGCCGAGAAAGCAGUAUGUCCCAAUUAAAGGCGCCCUCGCUGCAAUCUCUACUGGAGUCAGACCGAGGCUCCACUGACAGCUUGUUGGCCGAAUCGCUGCAGCUUGAUUUUGAGGAUCUGGAUGAUGCUGAGUUCCACAUACCGCCCACUGAUGUCCUGCCCUCGCUGGAAACAGUGCUAAGCGAAUUUGAGGCGGAUUCGGAUGUGGCCUCAGAAGUGGGUGUACCACAUGCUACUCCCACUCCUUCAAUUGCCGAGGAUAGCGGAGUGCGGGGCGAUGGACGUGGAAGUGGGGGCGGCGGCUCUAUAAUGCGCUACACUCUGUUGCAUGGGAUCUCGGCUCAGCUAGCAUCGGCAGCUGAACGAGUAAAUGCUGGUGCAAGCAGCGCCUGUGCCGUGAGUGCCUACAUAGCCGUUGGCACGUCGCACGGCCACAUACUAAACUUUGAUGUCACACAAACGUUGCGCUGGGCGCAUCAGGAUAAGCACAGUCAAGGGGCAGUCUCCACGCUGGCAUUUAAUGUGGAAUCGACGCGCUUACUUGCUGGUUAUGCACGUGGUUUGGUUAUCAUGUUGGACACCCAAACAGGGGAUGUGCUACGGGAGCUUUUUGAUGUAAUCACUCCUAAUACGGGGGUAUUGCAUGUUAAGUGGACUUCAUACUCUUCUUUGGCACUGUGUGCUGAUGCCGGUGGUUCUGUAUGGUCACUCAACUUUACAAGAAAACUGGGGAUACGUGGUUGUAACUCCCGUUGCCUAUUCUCGGGAGCUCGUGGUGAAGUCUGCGCUGUGGAACCCCUCAUCAUGGAUUCGCAAGGACGUCAUGAGCUAGAUCAGUACUGCAUUGUGGCAUUAGCCACACUCUCUAAAUAUUUUAUUGUCACAGUACGACCACGCCUGAAGGUCAUCAAGUACCAUGCGCUGCAGGGCCCAGCUGAUUGCUUGCCGCUUCUGGCUUGGCACCUGGUGCUCAUUCAAGCAGCAGAUACAACGCGUUCUGUGGAUCCUGUCAUUGUGGUUGGUCGUGGCAAUCAGCUCUUUUUUCAUCAGCUGUUUAUGGCCAAUGGACGAAUCACACUUUUGUAUCUACGUCAUGUACAGCUCCAGACUGGUUUGCUCUCAGCCCACUGGCUGGGCCCAAAGUCGGUGGCUUCGCUUGACACUUCAGAGAUUUUGCAUUUGGUGGACGUGCGCUCUAGUAAGGAGCUAGAGUGCAUGGACAUGGCCAAUGCGGGUCUGGUCUAUGGAUCAGCACAGUUUAAGGGUCUGGCCACCGGUGGAAAUGUUUCUCCCGCUUUUGCGCUGGCGGGCACAAAUGCCUGUUACAACUCAAUAGUGUCUCGUGGCACACAGCUCUAUGUCCUUGGCGCUCGUUCGCUGCAUAUCAUUGGCGUGCGUUCCUGGUCAGAACGUAUUAGUUACUUGGUGAAGAAUCAUCGCUGGCAAGAGGCUUGCCAACUGGCGCUGGAUGGUUACAUUGCAUCGGCUGAGCGUCCGCGUAAACGUGCCCAGGCCAAAGAGCGCAUAAUUGCACUCUUUGGUGAGUACAUUGCGACAACAACACGAGUGCCAGAGUAUUGUCUAGGUGCAAUUAUUCAGUGUCUGAUUACGGUUGGCGAGCUGGACCUGCUGUGGACGAAGCUGUGGGAGCGCUUACACAACAAUUCCGAUCUCUUCUUGCAGCACAUUUCGGAGCACAUUGAACAGGAUAACAUACGGACAGUUAAUCCCGUGAUCUCGCAAGCUCUGGUCGACUAUUGGUUGCAGCAUUCGCCUGCGAAACUUGAGCAGUUGAUACUGAAGCUGGACUGGAUGUGUUUGGACUUGAAUCAGGUGCUCAAGGCCGUGAAACGUCAUAAUUUAUAUCGUGCUCAGAUUUAUCUCAACACACAUGCGCUCAAAGACUAUACCGGGGCCUUGACGGAGCUACUCCCGCGACUUACUCCGGAGCAGACGCAACUGGGCAAUUGCUUGCUGGUAUAUGUGUCAAGUUGUUUAGCAGGACGUGGCUAUCCUAGUGGUGAUAUACCUAUGGAGCAGGUGCAGCAGGUCAAACAUGAUGUGUUGCGCUGCCUUACCUCGCAACAUUCCUCUGCCGGGGACGUAGAGGAGCUGCCCUAUCCCUAUCUGCGCGCUCUGCUUGCCUUUGACACGCGCGAGACCCUCAACGUCAUAUCACUCGCAUUCCAGGAGCCCGAGUUCAACAACGAGCUGGGUUAUUCACACCGCAAACGCAUCAUCUAUAUCCUACUAGAAAUAAUGACGCCAGAGAAAGCAACUUGGUCGCAAAUCGGCUGCUUGCUGAAUUUUAUUGCCCAGCAGAUCUCGACGCAGUGUCUACCAAGAGAUAAACAGCUUCUUGAGCAGGUGCUCGGAUAUCUGGCAACAGAGCAUAUCACCAACGAGAGCGUGCGUCAGCAUUCGGAGCGCGAGAGCGCUUGGCAUGAGCUGCUCUCAAAUAACUGUCUUGCUGAGAUCAGCAAUGAUAUGGAGCAAUUAGAGCUAGCUCGUCGCGCUCGUUGUUUUUAUGUGGUCGAGUAUCUCCUAGAUCGACUGGGGCGCUAUGACAAUAUUCUUGAGUGUUAUAUUGAGAAUAGUGAGAGACAUGAAACAGUUUUUGCUUAUAUGGAGCGACAUGUGAGCACGCCAGAACGCGCUAUAUAUGCCCAGCUUAGUCUUCAUCUACGCCUGCUGUUACAGAUCAACGCUACAGAGAUAGUGCGUAUAAUAGCCCUUCAUUAUCCUAAGCACAUUGAUGAGCUACUACAGUUGCUAAGCGAUUCCAAUGAUGAGCGGUUACUUUUUAGCAUGUUGCAGAGUUUGCAUGCUCGCCAGGCGCCGUUAACUUCGGAGCAGCAUGAAAAACUUUUAGAGCUAUACUGCAAGAUGCAAUCUCCCGACGAAGUUUAUCAGUUUCUACGCUCUAAUGUCGGAUAUCGUGUGGAACACGCCAUUUCUAUUGUGCAGGCUCGUGGUCUCACAAAGGCCGUCAUUUAUUUAUAUGAGCAACAGCAAAGCUAUACAAAAGCUUUCGAACUCUCCAUGGAGUUGUUACGAGAAGCUGUGCAGCAGGACUCAACAAACUCAGCGGAGAUGGCCAAGCAAAUUGCAGAACUGCUGGCACGCGCCGCCACCUCACUGCCCACCGAAGAGCUGGAGCAUAGCUGGUUCGAUUUUCUACAGUUUAUUCUACCGAACCAAUCGUUGCAGGCUAUCACCAAGUCUAUGUUGCACGAAGCCUCGCAGCACAUCGAUCUGCAUAAUCUGGUGCAAUUGAUCAUGAAUACGCACAAUUUGUCCACCAGCUUUGGGGACAUUAAGGACUUGCUAAUGAGCAUGCUGGUGAGCUCUCGCCAAGAAACUGAGGCGUUGCGUACAGCGGCUCAAAUUCUUUGCGAUGAUCUGCACGCGGAUUUCGCUGAGCAGCGGCAAGUGGCCCGGCGUGGCCUUUGGGUGACGACCAUGCGAUGUGUGCUGUGUCGUAAUCGCCUGACAGAGCAGACACAUGUGCUGGCCCUAGGCGCAUGCGGUCAUGCCAUGCAUGAACGAUGCCUCGACGAAUUAAUGUCCGAUAGUCAACAAUGUCCACGUUGCAAAGUUGGCUUGGGUACAACUCAGCCCCUGCUGCAAUUAUCCAAUCCUAGUCAGCACACCUUUACCCAGGCGGGUAGCCUUGACAUGAGUGUUCUGCAGCUAAAGGCGCCGCCAAGGCGGUUCUGUUGAUCUUGUUCCCCACUUUCAUAUUCCUAAUUUCUUCUUUAAAAUUAACUCGAAGGGGGUCGCCAAAUCGGUGGAAAUAUAACUUUUUAAUGGCUAAAUUGAUAAAGAGGCCGAUAUUAUUAGGACUACAAAAAAUUAAUCGGAGCUAAUUGGAGUUCACUUUACUUAGCUGCCAUAUAGGGAAGUGGUGGACGCACAGUCAAAAAAUUUGCAUAGAGAUUAUAAUAUGAACCAUGUCAGAGGAUUUUUGUUUUUCAACAUAAAGUCGUAGCAUAUGUACAAAUAAAACACUAAAAUUUGCUAGCUGUGAGAAACGAGGGUUACGUUAAAAUUUAAGACAAAUUAGUCGUUAAAGGAGUGGCCCCCAUAUGUAGCUUAAUUGGACCUUUUCCCACAACCAAAUUUACAGUUUUCUUUUGGCAAUAUGUACUUUGCUUCUGAUAUUCUGCAUAAAAUUGUUAAAGAGAAACUGGCCAUUUAAAUCUUGAUGUAUUUAAAAACUGUAGAGCUUGAAAGAAUACGUACAUCGGUAUGCACCAUGUUUAUAUAAUGGUUCGAUCGCCCCGUCUGCGUUUAAAACCUAUGAAUAUAUUUUUGUUUUGUAAUUUUGCAUCCAAACCGAAGUUUCAAGCUGAAAGAUACCAAUUCAUAAGCACACCGU